UGAACGACCUUGCUGAACUCACCACUGCGUAGGAGUGCAUGCAAAAAGUCAAAACAAACCCGAGAUUGCACAAUUUGUGGGCAAAUCCUUGUGAAUUCCUCCCGUUCGCACACACUUGGUGGAUAACCCGUGACCAUGACGCCCUUCGACGACUUCGCAUACCUGCUCAAUUUGAGUGAGAAUCCGACAAUUGAGGACUUCAUCCUCCUGACGGGCACAAUAGUGGCCCUGGUGGCGUUCAUCCUGUGGUGCUGCUUUCCCACAGUGCCCAACGCUCAGCCCGUGAAGGAGAACCUCGGCCAGGGAUUCUCGUGCCACCGCACCACGCAGCAGCACCCCUUCUCGAACCACCAGCAAGGCACCAAGGACACCUACUAUUCCGGCAUAAACUCGAGAAAUUCCUACCACUGCUGCACAUAAGAAGACUUAGGCAACCACUGGUGAUCAUCUUCAUUCCCGUGGAUGUGAAAUCAAAAGAAAGACAUGCUAUUUUUUCCCUAUUACCCUAUAUUUACACUCAUGAUCUCUCUGUCUAGUCAGAAAAUAUGUAAUCUAACGUAAUUACUAUGAUAUUGUGUGCAAUGUGAGUGCGAAGAGGAGAUUAAAGAAAAAUAAAGUGAUUUUGUGAAUACUAUCCGGCUGCUGCAGAUGGCGCGCCAGUCGCCGGGUGGCUGUCAGAGUGAAAUGGCUUGGAUUCGAGCCUCGAAGCCGUGAGGAAGUUAACACAAGGGGAAUUGCGGAAUAUUCUCACCAGUUCCACUCAUUUCAGGCUCCUCGAGUGCAUCCAGAGG